AUGGGUCCAGGAGAUGCUGGAUCCUCACGGUGCCCACAUGGUGCCACAUCCAAUGACCUAAGCAUUCUGUGCAAUGACUCUUCCCUGGAGCUGAGCGAGUACUGGGACCAGAAGUUUAGUGGUGACAACGAUGAGCAAGAAAGAUUACUGAUAGAAAGCUCCACACUUUAUGUGGGGAAUCUUUCCUUUUAUACAACCGAAGAGCAAAUAUAUGAGCUCUUUAGUAGAUGUGGUGACAUCAAGAAUGUUUAUAUGGGCCUGGAUAAAAUAAAGAAAAUGGCCUGUGGUUUCUGUUUCAUAGAAUACUUUAACAGAGAUGAGGCUGAAAAUGCCAUGCAAUUCCUAAAUGGCACCAGCCUAGAUGACUGUAUCAUCUGCACAGACUGGGAUCUAGGCUUUAGAGAGGGCAGACAAUAUGGCCGUGGUCAAUCUGGGGGCCAGUUAAGAGAUGAGUUUCAAGAAGACUUCAAUGUUGAUAGAGGAGGUUUUGGAAAACAGGCUCAGGUCCCUGAUGACAGGGCGCUGGAGAAAAGGCUGCUGGAAUCAGCUGGUUUCUCCGGUCACUCCUGCCAGGGGAGAAAACAUGUAAACGCGCCUCCAGAGGAGGGGCAGGGGGAGCUGAGAGCGGCGGGGGCGGCGGAAGGUGAGCCGGGGAAGGUGGCCGAGCGCCCCGGCUGCCGGGCCCUUCCCAGCGCUCCCUCGGGGCAGCAGCCCCAGCCCGCUUCGCCCCCACCCCAUCCCCCUUUUCGUCGGAAUCGCCUUCUCCCCCCCGCCACCCCCCCACGCCCUGCGACGGCGGAAAUGACACGUGGCGGCCGCCGUGCUGUCCCCGGCGGGGCGCGCGGGCGGGCGGAUCCUGGCUGCUGCGCGGCGGCGGCGGCGGCUGCGAAGGCGGGCGGCGGCCUAGAGCGGCGGCGGCAACGGCGGCAGCGGUGGCAGCCAGGGAGCUCGCGCCGGAGCCUGAGCCAGCUCGCGCCGGAGGGCUCGGCCCCGGGCUCGGGCCGCGCGUCUCAGGUGCGGCCGGGGCCCGGCGGGGGCCGAGGGCUGCUCCGGGGCUUGGCGGGGCGGGGUGACGGGGCCCCGCGAGGCUCCGAGGUGGCGGCGGCGGCGGAGGGCGCCCCGGCCCGGCCCUGGCUCCUUGAUGCGCCGCUGGGGCCCGGGCUCCCGUCGCUGCCCUCCAGGGACGGAGUUUGCACUCCGGGGUCCGGGGCGGGGGCGGGGGCGGGUCCUAGGCCUCCCGCGCAGUCCAGCCGGGUCGGGCGCGGGCCCCUCCCCGAGCGGCUCCCCGAGAGCCUGGGCGCUAGUCUGGGAAAGGGCACCGCCGCCUUCCCACGCUCCCGCAGCCGGCCACCUCCUUGGCCCGGGCGGCGCCCCUCGGCCGCCUGGCUGUGGCGGCUGCGGCAGCCAAAGAUGCUGCGGACACCCUGCCCGCGGGGAGGCUGGGCGGAACUUAAUCCCUUUGCUGCCAGGGGAAUGAUCCUCGAGUCUCCGUCUGGGUGGUUCCUUAUUUUUGGCCUAGCUGUGAAACCAGCUCAGUGGGGGAGAGGGAAAACUUAUAGGUCCCCCAGACAGACUGCGAUGGAACCCGGGAAAGGUGUUUUCAUUAGUUUGUACUCUCAUGGGAUGCCCCUCCCCCUUUAGUUGUCCCCCGGAACACCCAUUAUGUCUUCUUGGAGGUACAACAGGCAAAACCAGCCACUGUCCUUGAGCACCUUGGCUUAGCCAAGGGUAAGUAAUGCAUUUUGUUUAUUUCCAGUUUCUUUUAUGAUGCCCAUCGCUUGUCAGCCUUUCAAGUCAUACUAAUAAAUAAGAUUUGUGUUUUGAGGAGCUGGUUUUCAUUAAUUCCAGGUGCCUUUCCUAUGUGGUAACAUAUAGCAAGAACUCUGUUAUAAUAGGAUGUCAGAGCUGGAAAACAUCUUAAAGAGAUCGUCUGAUGAUUCUAGUGCAACUUGAAUGACAUUUUACAGUUAAGGGAACAUCAGACUAAGCCAGGGCUCAUUUGCUCAUCCUCUAAGGCAGAGAGACAGUUUCUAGUGUUUUAAGGAAGAGCUCAGCUCAUGGGAUAUUAAUGUUAAUAUCCUGCAGAAUAUAAAGCCUACUACUUGGCUCAAUCCUCAUUCUACAGCCCAGGGGUCAGGCUGGGUUUUACACUCCUGGUUUUUCUGUGAAGAAAAGGAGACUGUGGCUCCUCAGGGAGGUAAUGAGAGCCCAGAGCCAUGCUCCACAGACCUGGAAGAUGAAAACUAGAUGGAAUAUAAACUUUUGAAAUAAGCGGGCAUUUAAUUAUGUUCAAAUAACAUUUGAAAUAAUAGCAUUCUGCCAAGUGCCGAUCAUGGCUUCUCUGAUCAGAGUUAACUGAAUGCUGGAUUUGAAGGGCAAUGCUGAAGUCAGUCUUUUAUUUUGUAAGUGUAGAAUGUAUUAUUUUUAUCCUAAUUGCCUGCAUUGAGACUCCUCCUUUGUAUUCCUGCCUACUCACACAGCCUUAUGAUACCUUCUUAUAGUUUAUUCUCAUCAACUUUUUUUUCAGGAGUCUCAGCCUGAAGGGGGAGUGCAGGCUGACAGUCAGCUGUACAGAAUCAAUUUUAUACUAGAACAAGGGCAAAUCCAUAAACAUUCUUAUUUGACUACACGGCAGUAACUAAAUGAUAUGGAAGGGAACAAAUCAGUAGAUAUGGAUGUGGGCAUUUGUUUCUUAACAUGACAAUUGGCCUGCCUGCCCAGGCAUUUCAUUAGUGCAUUUUUAUGACAAACUAUUGUGUUUUCUGGCAAAACAAACUUUGUGAUUACCUGUCAUUCAGUGACACUCUAUCAGGUUUACAUCCUCUUUUUCCUUAGUAUAUUAUCUAAUUCUGGAUAGAUUAGCAUUUCACAAACUUUUUGAAGUUGCAACACAGCCAUUGUUUUAUUUUUGUUGUACCACUUCUUCCUGUACUUCCUAAAGGUAUUUUGUGACCUAGGAGUCAAAUAUGUUUUAGGAGUCUUACAAUUUUUAAAUGAAUAAAAAAUUGGGAGCUAAUCAUUUCCUGAUACCCAUUGAUCAUUAGAGAUAUCCCAGGUAUUGUAAAACCUAGACAGGCAAUCACCAACCUAGAAAAGCAAUUGAAAGGAGUAAGUGCUUCAGUAGAAUUUAGAAACACUACUGAAUUACACAGUUGCCAGGGUGGAAUAGUGGUUAACUGUUCACACUCUGGAUUGUGGGUUUGAAUCUUUUUUAAAAAUUAAGAUAACAUUCACAUACCUUAGUUUCACUACUUUGAAGUGUACAAUUCAGUGGUUUUUAGUAUAAUCACAAAGCUGUGCAAUCGUCACCACUAAUUCCUAAACAUUUUCAUCAUCCCCAAAGGAAAACCCAUAUGCAUUAACAGUCACAUUCCAUUUCCUCCACCCCCCACCCAGGCCCUUGAGAAAUACUAAUUUUCUUUCUGUUCUUAUGAGUUUGCCUAUUCUGGGCAUUUCCUAUAAAGGGAAUCAUAUAAUCUGUGACCUUCUGUAACUAACUUCUUUCACUUAGCAAAAUGUUUUCAAAGAUCAUCCAUGUUGUAGCAUGUAUCAGUGGUGGUGGCUUAGUCGCUAAGUCAUGUCUGACUCUUGCAACCCCAUGGACUGUC